GCCGCCCUGGCCCCGACUUGUGCCGCUUGCACGGUGCGGCGGGCGGAGGCGGGGGCGGCCGCGCGGCUCCCACGCUCCCACUCACACGCAGGACACACAACUCCUCGCCCGGACAGCCCCUCCGAAGAGCCACCCCCUGGCCAGGGCCCCUCGGUCCGGACCCGGCUUCCUUUGGCCCGGGGGCACUUCUGGCAUGCAACGAGCAUUUGCAGCUCGCUCCCUCCUGCGCGUGGUGUGAUCGCAUCUAUCAUCCCGGGGGUUAUUUUCGGCUUCGCACAGAGGAGGAUCUGCCUUGAGGAAGCCUCUCCGGAGCCGGGGCUGCCCCGCUGCCCGCCCGUCUCCCCGCGCCCGAGCCGCUGUGGGGGCAGCUUGUGCCGCUGCCGAGCAACCCCGCGCCGCUUCCCGCGGAGCCUCAACUUACCGCGCGGCCGGCGGGCAUGGCAGCGCCGCCGCAGCCGCGGAGCGUCCAGGGGAGCCGGCGAGCCCGGGUCGUGCUGGCCGCUGUCUAGUGCGGGGGGCUGCCAUGGACCUGCUCGCCUGGAUGCUGCCGCCCCUGGUCCUGCUGUGCGCCCACCAGCACGCCUGCAGCAGAGCAAUGAAUGACAUAGGAGAUUACAUAGGUUCCAACACUGAAAUAUCCUGGUUACCCAAUCUGGAUGAUUUGAUGAAAGGAUAUGGACGGAAUUUCAGGCCUGGGAUUGGAGGCCCUCCUGUUAAUGUUGCCCUAGCGAUUGAAGUAGCCAGCAUCGACCACAUCUCAGAAGUUAAUAUGGAAUAUACUAUGACAGUAUUUCUGCAUCAGAGCUGGCGAGAUGACCGGCUCUCUUACAAUCACACCAAUGAAACUCUAGGUUUGGACAGUCGAUUUGUGGAUAAACUCUGGUUACCAGAUACAUUCAUAGUAAAUGCCAAGUCUGCCUGGUUCCAUGAUGUGACAGUGGAAAACAAACUUAUCAGGCUACAACCUGAUGGAGUAAUUUUAUAUAGUAUCAGGAUUACCUCAACUGUGGCCUGUGACAUGGACCUUUCCAAGUACCCGAUGGAUGAGCAAGAGUGCAUGCUGGAUUUAGAAAGCUAUGGCUACUCUUCAGAGGACAUCGUGUACCAAUGGUCGGAAAACCAGGAGGAGAUCCAUGGGCUGGAUAAGUUGCAGCUUGCUCAAUUCACAAUCACUAAUUACCGAUUCACAACAGAGAUGAUGAACUUCAAAUCCGCUGGUCAGUUUCCCAGGCUCAGUCUCCACUUCCACCUGCGGAGGAAUCGGGGUGUUUACAUCAUCCAGUCUUACGUUCCUUCCAUCUUACUGGUGGCUAUGUCGUGGGUGUCCUUCUGGAUCAGCCAGUCAGCUGUGCCUGCCAGGGUGUCACUAGGUAUAACUACAGUUCUUACCAUGACGACACUGAUGGUCAGUGCUCGGUCUUCACUUCCACGAGCCUCUGCCAUCAAAGCACUUGAUGUUUAUUUCUGGAUUUGCUAUGUCUUUGUCUUUGCUGCUCUGGUGGAAUAUGCAUUUGCACAUUUCAAUGCUGACUACAUGAAAAAGCAAAAGGCCAAAAUGAAGGCCAGCAGACAGAGUGGGGAGGUAAAUGUCAAGAAUGCCAUUGUCUUGUUUUCACUUUCUAUUGCCGGAGUUAACCAGGAACUGGCCAUUUCCAACAGACAGCAUCGUAUUCCCAGAAGGUUUCCUGGAUCGUAUGGCCCAGUGGAAGUUGAAACUGGAGAAACAAAGCAGCAGCAAGAAAUUAAGUCUGACAAAAAGGGUGGCAUAAAGUCCCUUUUUAAGCCCAUUGAUGCUGACACUAUUGAUAUUUACGCCAGAGCAGUUUUCCCAGCAGCUUUUGCAGCAGUCAAUGUUAUCUACUGGGUUGCGUAUACAAUGUAAGAAGAAAAAUGUCCUCUGAAGAGGUAAACUGUUGGCCACCUAACUAAAACACUCGGCCAUUACAAAACAUCCGAUGAAACCAUACUGGUCCAUCUUCUGGCAGAGUAUUUGCCUGUGCACUGGAGAUAUUUCUCAAAAGCAGAACAUCUUUUUUGCUUUACUUCUGCAAUCAACUCCAGCUAAAACUGGCAGGGGGCAAACUGGUUACUACCAAUGUGGUUUGAUACAUCUGUUAUUUCUAGACUGUCAAACAGUCCAAUCCUUUUGUUCUCUAUCUCUGAGUGAAACAAUUUCUUACAUGUAUAUAUCCUCAGUGGAGUUCCAAAUCCUAAAUUACAGUUUGGUAUUUUCCCACUUUAAAGGUCAGCAGAUAAUGAAGGUCUGAUUUUUCUACAGUCAGAUCAUUUCCUUUCUUGCAAGACAGCUAAGUUUCUAUUUGCACAUGGGAGUAAUUUUCUCUAUCAAGCCAUUUAUGUGAUGGUCCUAGAUUAACAAGGAUGGGGAAAGGACAAUCAUUUUGAGAUAUAAAGAUAUUAGGAUUCAAGCAUGUGAGAAGCAGAGCAGGACAGAGGGUUUUACUCAAAUUAUCGUUUGUCAUGGAUAAAGUAUUUUAAAGAUUUUGAUGCUCUUCUUUAGUCACAGCAUGAAAUAAAGUAUAUUGCAUAGUACCCUA